CCAAAAAUUUAACUUCGUUUCAUCCCGCGAUUGUGAAAAAGAAUUAUGUUUUUGUGAUUUUAUGUUUCAAAAAAGAUAUGUUACGUUUUACUGUUUUUUAAUAUAGAAAAAUGUUUUCGAGAAUAUUUAAUAUCCAUGGUAAAAAAGAUACAGCUAAGGAAGAUUCCGGAAAAGAAUGUCAAAAAAAGUUGGAUGAAUUUCAAGCUCUCCCAAGACUUCCAAAAUUGGACAAAAGCAAAAUCCGUGUGUUGAUGUUCAAAGAUAGUGAACGUAGAAGUGACAAAUCUUUGCUUUUUGAUUCUGAUGCAAUAGUUAGUGUUGAUAGUGAGUCUCAUCUAAAUGUAAGUGAUAACCGAACAAAAAUUCCUAAGAUGACAGAUUCUCCUGCUAGCCCAUCACCUCAGAAGUAUCAGUGUCUUAAACCAAAUGGAGAUGUUAAGGUUCUUGGAGAGAUGAUAUUUGGUUCUGUUGCAAUGGUGUACAAGGGAUCUGUGUUAAAAGUACAUUUAAUGAGAACACCUCCUCAACUGCUAAUGACCAAAGUAUUUGCAUUGAGAUCAAGAAGUGCUGGUGUAAAUUUCUGCGAUGGUGAAUUAUCAGUUAGUGGUUCUAUUAAUGCACCACAAAUUCAUAUUUCAUCAGAAUCAAUAAUGUCAGAUUCAAUGCAUGAAAGCCCUGAAGAGAGCAUGAUUAGAUCAUAUUCAAAUCCAAUAGGAAUGAAUCGCAAUAAUCGUAACCAGUCUUUUCAUUCACUCAAUGCCUCAGUAACUUUUGGAAUGUCAAGUUGGAAUGCUUCAUCUGAUAAUCUCACUAGAUCCACCAGUCUUGCAUCUCUACAUGGAACUCCUUUACAUUCUCCCUGUGGCAGCUACCAAAGAAGAUUUUUCCGUAGCCAACGAACCAGUUUGGAUUCUCCACAUAUGUGGAGAACAAAGUCUGAGAUUUCAGAAGAGAUUCGUUCAGCACAUAAACAACAACCAAAAAUUGGAGUGGGCGUGAUAUUUAAGCUAUGGGACAACAAUGAUGAUAACAGGGCAUUUCAAAACUUUUAUUUCACACAUUAUGCACUGUUUGAAUCACAUCUUCAGACGUUAAGAGUAAAGAUCGAAAAAUCGUUUUAUUUGCGACAGAGAUUUAUUGAUGCAGCUAUGAGUGCUGUUGAAUGUUUUAAAGAUGAUAUUAUGAGGCUGUGUUAUGCACCAAGAAUAAUUGAGCCUGUUUGGUUAAACCUAAUGGCGGUUGUUGAAAAUAAAUAUCACGAAACCGUUGAGAAGUUUAUGAACAAUUUUAUGCAGCUGAUCAGCAUUUGCGAAAAAAAAGAAAAUAACUAUUUUUUGUCAAUCCUAUUAACUGCUGUGUUAACACAUCACACUUCUUGGGUGGCAACAGUUAUGGCGACUGGUAGUGCUGCAAAGCGUGCUUAUUUGGACAAACACUCAUCUAAAACGCUUGACGUGCUAGCGAAAUGCCACCCUUACAAUCCACUUUGGGCUCAACUAUGUGAUUUGUAUGGUUCCACCGGAGCUCCUUUAAAGUUGGCACGGACUAUUGUUGUUGGAAAAAAUGCUCAUCUGGUCUGUGAAAUACUCAAGUUGUUGACUUAUUUUAUUCGAUGCAGUGACAUUAAAGAAAACUUUUUAAGAAUGGAGAGUGAUACGAUGUUUCGUUUUAGUGGCUCUAGUUGGAACGAAAGUUACUUUAGUAAAACGCCAAGCACUCCCAAUAGUGUACGUAGCUGGAUAGACACAAACACACCUGUACAUAAGGAAAGUGAAAAAAAUGAUGAUACACCUGUAGAAAAUAAGACACCAAAAGUUAGUGAAACUGAACUUAAGGUGACACCACGAAGUUUAGAAAAACAGUUUUUCGACACUGCUAUUGAUACGUCAAGUUGUUACUGCAGAGUAUUGCAGCAGCUAGACAUGAUUGGCGAAAAAAAUUUGACAAAUUUUCUUAAAAACUCUGAUAAUAAAAACAUCAAAGAGUUGUUAGACGUUACCGAUGAUGGAGCUGGUCCCCAUUCGAAAUCGUGUAAAAAUUGCAGGACAUUGGAGAAACCAAUUUUCGCUAAGUUCUGCGAUGCAUGUCGGAAACAACAAAGGAAUGUGGGUUUAGAAAUCGACCCAGUGUGUCAUCACUGCGUGCAGAGACUUGAAAAAACGCAACAGAUAUUAAAUAAUGCUUCUACAAAAAACAUUUUGAAUUUUGAACUCAGUAACUGUGGCAAAAAUGGUUACAGCACAGAGACGUUGAAAUCGUUGACUUUAAAGGACUCUCUGUGCUUGCCAAAAAAGCCAAGUUUUAAAUGUUAUUGUUGUCCUCUACUAAAUGAAAGUCAGAACGUUAUUAUUACAUGCGAGGAACAUCCGAGUGAUUUAAUUCCACGCGUUCGAACAGCUUCGGAUCCUGUCGACGUGUCAACAUGCAAAAUUAAGCCGGGUUACUUGCGUAACAGUACAACAAGCCGUGACAGUGGAACGGAAAUGGCUUACAGUGUUAGUUCUAGUUCGCAAUCACACGAUCUUGAAUCCACAGACUCUCUCAACUUAACAAGAAACAGUUCUUUAAGCUCGCAAGAUGACCUGCUAAAUUCCGAACACGUCCCUGAUUUAGACUCUGAUUACUGCAGCAUCGACAACGAGCAAUUUGUGACUAAUGAUUCGAAUGAUAGUGACACGCUUGAAAACAAUUUCCGACAAGUGUCAAAAAGUGCGUCGUCGACUACACUUAAGGAGUUACCGUUAGUUCUGAGUACGUCACUGGAUAAUAAUGACUCUAUCGAAGAAGAGGAAAUUGAUGUGUUUGGGAGUGUUUUGAACCUUGAUUUGGAGAAUAUGAACUUAAGGGAAUUGCCUUUAGCCAGAACGCAUCAUAAACCAUCAAGAAAACAUUCAAGACCUGCUGGCAAUGAAGCUGUCACGUUCGGAAAGUCGUUAUUCGCUGGAUACAAUGACGAAUACGUGCCAAAUUUUGUUUUGCAAGGAACAGGAAAUCUGGACUGUAAAAGACUGGCUACUGACUUACAAAAUUCUGUCAAGUAUUCAGUGUUGGACGAAGAAGUUUCCGAUGCUGUUUGUAUCGUUGCUGACACUGAUACAUGGUCAUGCGAUUUAUGGACUUUAGCAAAAAGAACUGACUCGUUUAACCAAAGUACCAGCGAGAGUUUGAACACGAAACCAGUUUUCGCUUCCGGUUUAGUCUCUUCAAUGGUCGAAUCUACUAAAGAAUUAUGGGAUAUGAAGAUGUCGCCCCACUUCUGUUUGCUCCACUUGGAAGAGCAGCUUAAAGACAUCUACAAUCGUAGCAAAGUAUUGAGCGAGUUUGCUUGCUGCAACAACGAAAAAUCUACAUCUGCCUUCAUGAAUGGGUUUGGCUAUCACGCCAACGAUAUCUUGUUACUAAAUUCUAUUGGUGGUAUCUACUCGUCUUCGUUUGUUGACAGCAUGUUAGAGUAAAUGGAACCAUAAUGCUUUAAUAAUAGACGUUCCAAAUUGGGAAUAAUUCUUAUGACUGGUAUCUCUUGUAAAACCAACCGUCUUAUUUUUCCUGCAGUCUUGGAAAUUGAGUUCGCAAUUGAGUCCCGGUUUAAUGUUUUUUUACCGGUUGGGAAAACCGUUUUUUUUAUUUGGUCAUUCAGGGAGUAUUAAAUUAAUCCAAGUUUAGUAUUAUAUAGGUAGGAAAAGAUUAUUUUGAUAUUUGUUUUAUUGUGUGAUUGUUUUAUAGUUGUGCCAACCUGUCUUGUGUUUUAUUAUAUUGGCCAGCUAGGUUUGGUUGGGUUUAGUGAAAAGUGUUUUUAAGCUUUCCAGCACUGCUGUUCAAUUCUACUUACUUGCGCAGGUUUAGUAUUAUUGCUGAACUUGGUCCGAAACGUAGAUGAUUUGUGUUGAUUGCCAAUUAGACAGUUGAUUAUGAAAAAAUCGCUUUUUCGUGGGAAAAAUGUUAUCUUCAGUUUAAAAUGUUUAUUUUCCGUUAACUAUGGUGUUUUUUUAGAUGUUUAGCUAACUUGGUUGUGUAAGUUUUUGCGUGUUUCUGAAUUAGAUGAUGCACAAUUGUCUUCCUGUCAGCAAUGCGAUCUUAAGAAACGGCUUAAUGAAAAAUUCACUUCAGUUAUUUCCUAACUCGACUGAAAGCAUUCCCACACACAAACAAUAAAUUCACCCACGUUUUUUUCAAGCAGAACUUGUAUCUAACAGAGGAGCGAGUCUUUUAUUCAAAAAACCUGUUUCUUUCUGUCUAGUGCAAGUGUUCAAGCCGUUUUCUUAAAAUUUGUGGUUGUUUUUUUUACAUUGUUGACGUUGCUGGAAAGACAAACGUGUCAUUCUGUUAUUGUACGUACGUGUGUGAACAAAUAUUUAUCGAAACUUUAUUUUAGCGUGUAACAUUCAAAUCUAAACUAAUAUUUUGAAUAUAAAAAUUAUUUAUUUUUAUGCCUUCAUAAACAUAAAAUUUCUUUCAA